GCCGCCGGCCCCACCGGCACCGCGGCCGCUCCCCUCUGCGUCCGGCUAUUUCUAAGGAGAAGAAGAAGAAGAAAAAAAAAAAGAAGAAGAAGAAGAAAAAAAGAUAUUUAAUCCCAUCGCUGGCGGAGGAGCCUCCAGAAUCGGAGAUUUGGCGACUUUUUUGCGGUUUUUUUUUUUUCCAGCCGUCGUUUCUUUCUGUUAUUAUUGUAAUUUUGUGCGAAAGGAAGUUAUGAACAACUGCAAGUCAGGAAGUGGAAAUCCACACCGGUUGUGACAAGCUGGGGCUAAAAACUAUUUCAUUAUUUAUAUAGAUGUGUCUAUCAACAUUCUGCUUUUCAUCCAAAGAAUAAAGGGAAAUACCGGCUAGUCCUAUGUUUGAUGGUGAAUGACAGACAGCGUCUGAGCAAAGGAAGGACUAAAUAUAUCAGCUAAGAACACCACCUUUAUUUAUUGAACUCGAGAGACUUAUUUUUUUUUAACCCAAAGACUGUUUGAGCAAGAGAUUUAAUGGGUCGUUAAAAGGGGAAAAAAAAAAUUUAAAGGCCCGUUUGCUUCUGAAGCGCAGCUAACCUCAAAAAUAGAAGCAGUACUUGUAAGACAGAUAUUCGAAUUAAGGCUUUACGUGAUGAAUUUUCUAUCCUAUGGAUAUCAGUUUUGAAAUUACAAACCAAGAAGAUCUGUAAUUGAUCUAGCACCAGAUAAUUUCAAUGCCUAAUAUUCCCCAGGAUUGCUGGAGUACCCUAGGAGCUGCGUCGGACUGUACUCGGGGUAUGCCAUGGGCUGUAUUCAGAGUAUUAGCUGCAAAUCCAAAGUUUUCCGGGAAAGUAUUUCGGUGAUUGAAGUCAAAGCCUCCAUUGAUCCCAUUCCCACCAGCAUUGACGAGUCCUCCAGCGUGGUCCUGCGCUACCGGACCCCUCACUUCCGAGCCUCUGCGCAGGUGUUGGUGCCCCCUCUUCCCAAGAAGGAGACCUGGAUCGUGGGCUGGAUCCAGGCUUGCAGCCACAUGGAAUUUUACAAUCACUACGGGGAACAGGGAAUGUCAAGUUGGGAGCUCCCAGAUCUACUGGACGGUAAAAUCCAGGCCAUCAGUGACUCAGAUGGAGUGAACUAUCCCUGGUACGGUAACACCACGGAAACCUGCACCAUCGUGGGUCCCACCAAGAAAGAGUCCAAGUUCAACAUCAGCAUGAACGACAACUUCUACCCGAGCGUGACGUGGGCGGUGCCCGUCAGCGACAGCAACGUGGCCAAGCUCACGAGCAUCCACCGGGAUCAGAGCUUCACCACCUGGCUGGUGGCCACCAACACGGCCACCAACGAGAUGGUGACCUUGCAGACUAUCAAAUGGCGCAUGAGGCUGGGCAUCGAGGUGAACCCCAGCAGGCCCCUGGGGCAGCGUGCCAAGCUGCAGGAGCCCUCGGCUCAAGAGCAGCCCCAGGUCCUCAGCAAGAAUGAGCCAAUACCACCCAGUGCCCUUGUCAAACCCAAUGCCAAUGAUGCUCAGGUACUCAUGUGGAGGCCAAAGGAUGGACCGCCACUCGUGGUGAUACCCCCGAAACAUCGGUAAUACACACCUGGCGUCCCGGCACCGAGAGGGAGAAAACUAAACCCGAAGCAAAACAAUCGCUUAGGUAUUAGGAUACACACGUAUAAUCUGAGCAAAAUCAAAAUGCACUUUUUAUUCAUUCAACAAAUGCAACCAUUCUACCUUCUCCCAUUGGGACGGAUUUCACUGUGCUAAAGCUAAAGAGGAGACCUUGGACUGGGUCUGUCUCAUCACUGGAUUCCUAAGGGAAGAAACUAACACUGAUGUCUACCCUAUAGCUUUUUUUUUUUCUUCCCUACUUUAGUUCCCGUUUGAACUUCAGUCUCAUUAGCUUGUCCAGAACAAUAAGAAUAUUUUAUUUGGGAUUUUAAGAUUUUUUUUUUUUUUUUUUUCUUUUUUGGUUGAGAAUGAAACAAGUUCCUGGAGCAAAAAGUUGACUAUUUAAGAUAAGGUGUUUUUUUUUUUUUUAAGCGGUAAGGUUCUGAGUUGCAAAUCCAAGUCAUGCGGCCUUAUGUAGACUUUGCUUUGCAUUGCCAAACUUUUGCCUUAAAGCUAUGUUUGAAAAAAAAUAGAAAAAACCAACAAAAACACCACAAGGCAGAAUGUCCUUUCUACAGAAUUCUGGAGAAAAAGUUUUGGAUCAAGGAAUAGAUUGUGAGCGUGGCACAGGCUGAUGGAUGAAAAGGGCAUGAAAUUGGAAGAAGCAAGAAAAUCUUCCUCUUUUUAAAACCUGGAACAAGGAAGCACGGGAAUAAUCUCAGUUUCAAAGCAAUGCAAAUAACAAACCUGCUGUCGGGUGGCUCUCGAGGGGGAGCUCCCAGGACACCUCCCUGCUUUGCAGGAGGGGCUGGAAGCUCCUCGUGCUGCUCACCCGUGGUGAUCUCAGCCUCCCGUUAGCAGUUUAAUAUGGAAUAACCUCACAGCUGGAAUUGUGGCCCUGGGAGUCAACACCAAUCAAGGGGGGGAUGUCCCACUGGGUUUGUCUUUAGGACACGCAGAUGUUUUCCCAGCUAGCCCACAGCCUCACCUUCUCCUGGAUAAGAGCCCAGGGCUCGUGUGCCUGCUGCUGUCGGGUGAAGCUCCGCUGCCCCGUUGGUCCAUAAAAUCCCAGUGACGGUGCUGUACAGAGAGCAGGAUGUGAAAAGGAUCCUUCUGAAGUCACUGGAGACACACAGGUGCCAGCGAGGGCACGAAUCACCCACCGAGUCUACCCAGCAAGAUCUGCACUUCAGGAGCAGCCACCUCUGAAAAUAACAGGGAUCACUCCCACCAAACACUGCAGCGACAGCUGAGGAAAACCCUUCCUUCUGUGGUAACGAAUCACGUUGGGAUUAGUAGAUAAUUUUCUUCCCAAUGACCUCCUGAUUGACCUGCCUGUCAGGAACGAGGCACAGGCAGGACCAUGACACUGUCCCUGUCUGUCGUGGCCCAAACAUCCAUUGCAGCAAAGGGCAACACAAGGGAAGGUGCAGGAGGGCAACACCUGAGCCUUAGGUGUGGAUCCUCUGCGAGGAAGGAGCAUUUGGAGGAGGAGGUGAAACCUGUAGGUUUUUAAUAAGGACCAGAUGGCUGCUGAGAUAACCAGAUGCUCUUCUGCAGAGGAGGAUGAGGCAGAAGAGCCUUUUGAAUGGGAGGGAUGGGUUUGAAGGCAGAGGAAGUUCUGUGGUGGAGGCCAGGGCACAGGAUGGGAGUGGAGGAUCUGCUCUGCUCCAGCACAUGGCCCGAGGCAGAUCACUUCCCUCUGCAGCUCCUUCCCCCAGAAAAUAUUUCUUCCUCCUAUUAACAACUUGCCUCAAGAGCUGGGACUAAGGAGAGUUCUGCAUGCCAGGUACAAGCCUGGCCCUGCUGAGCUGGUCUGAACAGGUCUCACAACCCCACACACGCUGCUCAAAAGGCUCUCCCCUUGGAGAGGCACCAAUUAGCUGCUAUUCCUAUCCUCAUCUUCCACACGGGACGUUACCAGCAAGAAAUUCUCCUUCCUCCCUUCUCCACAGCCACACCACCUCCUUUGGCAACAGGUUCAACAUCACCCCUGCCUGGGGAACGCACCUCCAGAAGUUGUGUCCCCCACCAAGACAGCCUCAAACCAGCAAAUGAGGAUCCUGGGGCCCUGCAGCCACUCCCCCGUCUCCAGGGGAGCCCACCCCUCCUCCAUCCACGGGCUUUCAGAGAUGCUCAGCCACGGAGCUGCUCCUUCCCAUGGGCAGAGCUCCGAGGUGGGAAGUCUGGCUUGCAAACGACUGGACUGGAUCAAACCCAAAUCCACAAGCCAAAGGGUGCCUAAAUCUCGGCUUUGGGACUAUAAAGGAUGAAGUUAGGGAGAUUUGGACUUGCACAGUCGCUCUCUGUAUUAAACUCUGUUUUCUUACCUGGAUUCAGAUCCAUCUAUAGCUCCACUGGCACAGCCCUUUGGGACUUGUCUGUGUUUUCUCCGAGGCAAUACAUGCAGAAGAGGACAAACUCUGAGCUGUGGGUGAAUAGCUGAUCGUGCUCUCACGCAUCCUGGCUGCUGCUGAGUCCCACGGGUGGGAGCUGAAGGGGGAUCUGUGUCUGGUAUUCACUUUGUCUCCAGGUGCUGAGUACUUACAGUUCUCACUGAUGUCAGCCGGGGUCGAAGGAAUCGGGCCCAGUUGUCUUAACAAGCUGCACAAAGGAAUUCCAAGGAAAGAUUUCUUCUCAGUCACCAAAAACCACAUUCAGGGAACACCUACGUCCUUUCCCACUUAGCUUUGUGUCGGACUUAGUCUCCCAGUGCAUUAAGUAAAUCUGGUCCCUCCUAUUCCCUCUACCUGGUGGACUGGAUACAUCCAUGCAAUCUGAUAGCAACCUCCUGGCUAAUUCGUCCUGUUGCACUGAACGGACCCAGCUAAGCAGUGAAUACAAAAUUUGCCGUUGGGGUCAGCUUUGCAUGGACUCCUCCCUUCCCAAAGAAUGCCUUUAUCCCGUGCCUAGGUGGAAACGUGCCCCUUCACCUCCAUCUGCAUCACCAGACAUGGCGUAGAGAGUGAUGCUGCCUCUUUGGAGAUUCCGUGCGUCGUGAUUAAAAGUGAUGUUUUUCCAAUGCUGCUUCAUUACAAACCUGGUGGAGGACAGAUUGUCCGUAACAGGAAGGAUGGCUGGCAGUGACAGAGGGUCCAAGACACCGCUGUUGCUAUGGCUGGUUAAUGCCCACCUGGUUAGAACAGGGAUCGAUUGACAGCGUUCCAGUGGGCACUUAAACAUCUGGGGUCCCAGGGCAGAGUGGUCAGUGAGCAGAGGUGAACCAAGCUCCUUCUCUGGCAGCUUUGUGCAGAGCCAGGAAUACACAAAGGAUACACUGGGAAGGCGUUGGGGCACCGACACGGGGUACACGGAUGAGCGUGAGCGUGUCUCUGCCUCAGCCCUCCCGUCAGUGAUGCUCUCAGCUCUUUAGAGACCCAAAUCCCCACAGGGGCUCAGCGUGCAGCCUGGCCAUCCCUGUCACAGCCCUGUCGCGAUCCAGGGUGGGAAGCAGCCCUGGCCCAGACCCUCACCUGCACCCAGCGCCGGGCAGGGGCUGCCGAGCGGGUCGCGGACCUCGUGGUUCUCCUUCCCUACCCUUGACACCGAGAUGAGCGUGGGAAGAGAGGGGCAGCCCCUCGGGGAGUCAGUACAGCCCCUCAGCAGCCUUGGGGAGGGGAAGAGACCCGUGGAGCCGGCGCCAGGCUGGGUCCAGCCCCGGGGGAAGGCGAGGCACCGCCGCCCCUCCUGCCCUGGCUCCCGGCGCAGCAAUAAGAAUCGUCCUUGGUCUUGUAGAGAUACUGUGAAAACAAAACCAAGAUGUACAGAGUCUGGACACUUACAGAGAUGUAAAAACAAACAAAACAAACCCCCGCUUUUAUAACAGACAGAGAAAUAAAGUGAAAUUUUCAAACGCG